AUGACAUCGUCUUCCCUGAAACAGCAGCGGACUUACCAGUACUUCGACCACUGUACUUUGUCCGAGGACCACCACCUUGAAUACCUCGAGAACGAAAUAAGCAAGAUAAAAUGGGAUGUGAUCGGCAUAAGGGAAAUGCGAAGGCCAGGCGAAAACGCGACCCAACUUCCGAAUCAACAUAUUUUAUUCCACAGAGGAAACGACAAGAAACAAGGAGGCGUAAGAUUCCUGAUUCACAAGAAACUAAAAGGCAACAUCACUGAGUUUCACGCGACGUCGGACAAAGUUGCUUCAGUCACAAUUAAGAUCUCAAAACGGUACGACAUCAAAAUCAUACGGGCCCUAUGCUCCAACAACACUAUCAUCACAGGAUGCUCUUGA